GAUUCUCCAUAUAUAGCAAGCCGCCGCCCCGUCCGUCCGGGCUCCGGACUCCGGAUCCACCGCCGCGCCGCCGCACUCUCCCUCUCUUUCUCUUCACCCCCAAAGUCCCCGCCGCCUGCCAGCCUGUGCCUGCCCAAAAGCAAAAAUGGCGCCUUCGCCGCGCCGGCCCGUGCUGGUGCUGCUCCUGCUGCUCGCGCUUCUCUGCUCCCACGUCGCGCUCUGCUCCUCCGCCGAGCCGGGGAAGCCAAAGCCCAAGCCCAAGGUCUCCGGCGGCCGCAAGGCGCUGCUGGCGGACGACGACGGCGAGGAGGUGCCCGCCGCCAAGCCGGCCAAGACGGCCGCGGCAGGGAAGACCAAGAAGAAGCUGCUCGCCGGCGACGCCGCUUCCAAGAACCAGACCAAGGUUGCCAAGGCUAAGAAGCCAGAGUCAGCCGCUGCCGCCGCGGCGAAAGGGACCACCAAGAAGCCUGCUGGCAAAGCGGCUGCGGGUGGGGAUGCCGCCAUUGCCAAGGUCUCCAAGGCCCCCAAGGUCCCUAAGGCGGAAAAGGCGGAUAAGGCCAAGGUCCCGAAGCCGGACAAGGCUGCGGCGGCGGCUGCUGGUGCCAAGGCCAAGGGCGCCGAUUCAACCAAGCCUGCCAAGGUUUCCAAGACGGGCGCCAAGGCGGUAAAGCCACCCAAGACGGGCGCCAAAUCUGAGGUUGCCGCCGUGGCUGGGAAGGCGAAGAAACCGGCAGCGGCCAAUUCGACCGCGGAUGCCGGUGCCAAGCCGGUCAAAUCCGGCAAGAAGGCGGCGCAGGUGGUUGCCGACGCGAAGCCGAAGGUGAAUGCCACCGUCGUGAGCAAGGAGGAGUCGGCGGCGACGGAAACGGCGGAGGUGGAGGUUGAGGAGGACGUGGUGUUCGCCAAGGAGGCGGAGGAGGGCACGGACGACCUCAUCUCCGAGUUCCGGGACCUGCCCAGUCGGCUGCAGGAGACGCUGAUGCCCGACCUGGCGCGCCUCUCGCACCACUCCAAGGCGUACCUGUCAGCGGCGAACGCCGGGAUCGCCGACGGCGUGCGCCCGAUCCUUGGCGGCCGGUGGGCGGCAGUGGCCGCCUCCGCGGCGUCGGUGGCGGUGCUCCUGCUGCCGCUCUUCAUGCUCACCGCGCUGGUGCGGCGCAUGGGCCCGUACCUGCCUCUCCUCCACCGUGCGCUGCUGCUGGCGCAGGCGUACCUCGCCAUCUACUUCGCCACGCUCGCGCUCGCCGCGGCCGCCACGGGGCUGGAGCCACUGCGCUUCUUCCACGCGGCCUCCCCGGCCGCCUACGCCUGGACGCAGGCCGCGCAGUCCCUCGGCUUCAUGGGCUACCUCGUGCUACAGAUGGUGGACCUCGUCGCCGUCUUCUCCGGCGCCGCCUCCCCCGAGGACGACGGCAAUGGGGACGCCGCCAAGGCGCUCGGCCUCGCGCAGAUGGUGGUGGGCCUCGCCGUCGGCCUGCACUACUACGCCGCUGUCUUCCACCGCGCCGCGGCGGGGGAGGCGCCCCGUGCCAACUGGCGUGUCUACGCCGUGUACGCGGCCUGCUUUGCGAUCGUCUGCGCCUGCGCGCGCGCCGAGAGGAGGAAGAAGGCCUACCUCGCGGGCACCGACGGCGCCGCCGAGGAGUGGAAGAAGAGCUGAGCUGCUCAUCUCCUCUCGGGAAACAUGGCUAGAUCAGAAUUUGGGAGGGACUUUUCUGAAAGGAAAUCCCAAUAUGGCGGAAGCCCAAUGGCGUGAGUGUAAGAAGGCCCAGAAUUUAGGAAGAAAAGGAGGAUAUAAAAGUAAAAGAAGAAGGGAGACAAGCUGUGAUUUUUCUUUUUUCCUUUUCUACAUUUAUUAUUUAUAUAUGUUCCCCUUUUCGUUUUAAGUUAUUGGUUUGAGUACAGAGGGAUAAUAAACUCAUAAACCUGGAUGGAAUGACCAGGUUUAGUUCAGGGAUUUCUCUGGCUCUGGCCAUGUCAACUUCAUUGCUCUGUUCAUGUUAAUAUGCAUUGAUCAGAUGGCUUGAACUCUGCUUAUUUUA